AUGUUUGCCAGAAGGAGAUCUUCGCCGUUGUCAUCGUCGUCGACAAAACUCGCGUUAAUAUCGGGUCUUUUCCUGUGCCUAGUAGCCAUACAAAUCGAUAAUGCAGUGUCUAUGUCGCUGGAACGUUUGGCCAUCGAGCAUAGUAACGAUAAUGAAUUGCAACCACAACAACAAAAUGAUAAACAAUUGGAGUACAAUGAAGAAUUGGCCCUAGAGGCUGAAAGUUAUCAACCCGAAGUGCACGAACAACAACAAAAAGAACAAAGUGAUAGUGAAAUUAGUGAUGAUGAUAUGACAUUGGUACCCGUCGAAGAGGGCCAAAGUGAUAUGUAUCUGUUGGUACCAACCAACAGCAAUAACAUGAACCAAGAAGAACAAUCAUUACAAAAUUUGGCCUUGGAAUCCGAUGAUGAUUCUUUGUCGGCCAGUAAUUUGGAAAAUGGUUCGGAUAUGUUAAUGUUGGAAAGUGUUGAUACUCCCGUUGUACAAAUGAUGGAGGUACCCCAGGAAAUUAUGGAAAUUCAAAAUGAUGACUAUGAGGAAAAGAAAAGCGAACAAGAAGUGCAAGAAGCUGAAACACUAGAAGAGAAUAACGAAGAGGAACCAGAAGCCAUAACAGAGGCAAUUUUCGAAGCCAUGAAACAAAUUGAACAACAAUUUGAGGAUGAGGAAAAACAAGCCUCGGGCGAACAAAAUCAGGAAUUUGAAAAUUUGCCCACUCUGAUUGCUGCCAGCCAGGAGGUUGAAGGAGAUGAUGAGGAGCAGGUUGCCGUACCACAAGAAUCGGAUAACCAGGAAAUGAUUGGUGAGGUAAUGGAAGAAGUUGCUGCCGAACAACCAGUUGAAGAAAUUCCCCAAGAAGCCCAACAAACCGUUGAGGAACCUCAAGCUGAAGAAGUAAAGGAAGUUGCCAAUGAUGAGGAAGAAGAAAUUAAAACCAACGAAGCCGAAGAAACUCAAAUGGAUGAUGAAGUACAAAAAUCGGAAGACCAAGCCGAAAAAGAAGAAGAGCCAAUGAAAUUGAGCGAAUCUCAAGAUUCUAUUGCUGAAGAAGAGGUGAAGGUGGAAGAACAGCCUAUGGAAGGCACUCAAAUGGUGGAGGAAUCUUCCUCUGUGGAAACCAAUGCUGAAGAAGUAGCUCCCGCCGAAGAAAUUAAAAACGAAACUGCUGAAGAGGAAACCAAAAAUGAAAAUGAGGAAGAAGCUCAGCCACAAGAAACCAAUAUGGAUGAUGAUACCGCUGAUGCUGCUGAAGAAACUGUGAUCCCUGAAGAACAUGAUGAACUUCCAGCUGCCUCAAAUGCAGCUGCCAAUGAAGAGAAAUCCGAAGAAGCUGCUGGAGACAACCAAGUUCUCAAUGAUGCUGAAAAAAUUGAACACCAAACUGAAGAAGAAAAACCUGUCGAAGAAAUCGUCAAGGCUGAGGCUGAUCAAAUUGCUGAGGAAUCUCAGGUUGUCGAAGAAAUGACAGCUGCCGUGGAUACUGAAGACAAAUUGGAAACCAUGGAAACUUCUGAACAAAAAGUAGAGGAUGUCGAAGCUGUACCUGUUGUCGUAGAAGAAGAAGCUAUUGAACAAAAAGUAGAAGAAUCUGCCCAUGAAGCUCCAUUGGAAGAGGAAAAGGAAAAACAAACUGAAGAAGCCCAAGAAACUUUGCAAGACGAAACUGAGGCCGUAGCUGAAGAAGAACAACAAUCUGAAAUCGUAGCUGAAUCUCAAGCUGUCGAGGUUUCUGAAGCUGUUCAAGCUGAUGUGCAAGAAGAAAUCAAAGCUCAAUCCGAAGAACAACCCGAAACUGCUGAAAGUCAAAUAAUUGAGGAAGUCCAAAAUGUGGAAGAUGCCAUGCCUGUUGAUCAGGUUAUGAGUGAAACCAUUGAGGAUUCCGCAGCAGUUGUGGCUGAAGAAGAAACUCCUAAAGUGGAAGAAGAAGCAGAAGAAGAAUCUAAACCAGUAGAAGAAACCCAAACCAACGAUGAAGUGCAAUCCGAUGAUGAGGUUCAAGCUGUAGAGGAAAUUCAAUCCGAAAUGCAGGCUGAGGAAAUCCAAACCGAAAUCCAGGCUGAUGACCUCCAAACUGUUGAGAAAUUGGAACCCGCCAUGGAAGCCCAAGUUAUUGAAGAAACUCAGGCAUCUGAUGAGCAAGACAAUGCUGAGGAACCCCUAGAAUCUGAAAUGAUGGAAGAAGUCAAACCUGUCGAAGAAGAGCAAGACAAAUUGGAAGAUUCCAAGGCCGAGGAGGAAGAACUCCAGGAAGAAAUGAAACCAAAUGAAGAAACCUUGACCAUGGAUGAUGACCAGCCAGCUGAGGAAGUAAUGACCGUGGAAGAACCUAAACCAGUUGAAGAAGUGGAAACCAUUGUCGAAGAAGAAGUGAAACCCGUUGAGGAAGAAGUGAAGCCUGUUGAAGACAUGGAAACCAUGGAACAAGAGGAGGAAGUAAAACCUGUUGAAGAAAUGGAAACCGUGGUCGAAGAAGAAAUUAAACCCGUGGAAGUUACUGAAACCAUGGAUGAAGAAGCUAAACCCGUGGAAGAAACUCAGGAAACUGAAUCCUUCGAAGAAGCCAAACCUGCCGUCGAAGCUGCUGCCAUUGUGGAAGAAAAACCAUCUGCGGAGGUUGAAUUCUCUGAAGCAUCUGAAGCCGUUGAAGAAGUUAAACCUGUUGAGGAAGACAAACCCACUAAGGAAUCUGAAAUUGUUGAGGAAGCCAAACCCGCUGAAGAAUCUGAAGUUGUGGAGGAAUCCAAACCAGUUGAAGAAUCUGAAACCAUGCACGAUGGACAGCCAGCUGAAGAAUCUGAAACCAUGGAAGAAGUAAAACCCGCUGAGGAAACUCAACCUAUGGAAGAUACUGUCGCUGAAGCCGUAACCAUGGAAGAGGUCAAACCUGUUGAGGAAUCAGAACCAAUGACCGAUUCUCUAGCUUCUGAAGAAGUCCAAGAAAUUGAGGAAGUUAAACCAGCCGAAGAGAUCCAAGAUAUUGAGGAAGCCAAGCCCAUUGAAGAAGCACAUGAAAUGGAAGAAGUUAAACCCGUUGAAGAUGUCAAACCUGUCGAGGAAGCUCCUGAAAUGGAAGAAGUUAAGCCCGUAGAAGAAGCCGAAACAAUGGAAGAAGCCAAACCUGUUGAAGAAGCCGUUGUGACAAUGGAAGAACUUAAGCCUGCCGAAGAAACCGAAACCAAUGAAGAGGUCCAUAUCGUGGAAGAGGCUGCAGUUCAAGAAGAAGAAGAAUCCAAACCAGUUGAGGAACUUGUAACCCUGGAUGAAACUCAACCCAUUAUGGCUGAUGAAACUCAACAUGAUGAAGAUGCCCCAGUCGCUGAAAUCGCCGAAGCACCCAUCGCUGAAGUUCAAACUCUCGAGGAAACUGCACCCCAAACUGCUGAAGAAGUUAAACCUCAAGAGGCCAAUGAACAAAUUCCCAUGGCUGAUGAAAUUCCAGAAGUAAUGGAAGACACCCCUAAGGUCGAAGAAGAAAAACCCAUUGAACCCGACACCAUUGUUGCAGCCAAUGAAGAUUCCUUGCAGACCAUUGAGCAAACCGAAGAAGAAGUACAAAAGCAAGAAGAAUCCGUUCAAGAAGUCAGCGAAAUUAAAGAUGACCCCAUACUCAAUGAUGAUACCGAUAAUACAUUGAAUGUGGAGCAACCUCAACAAACCUCCCUCUUGACCACAAUUGUCCAAGUACCCGUUCCGGUUAAGCCACAGGAGGAGGAAAUUCCCGAACAAGCCAUUGUAACCACCAAGAAACCUUUCAAUGUUGCCGAUAGUGUUCUCAACUAUGUCAACGCCUCGUUUAUGAAUCAAAUGAAUCACGAAGAAGCACCUUUGACAUCCCACCAGAAGGAGGAUGCACCCUUCAACUCGAAAUUGAGACGUUAUGAUGGUGCUCAAGUUUGGCGUAUUGUUGUACAGAACGAUCGCGAAAGAAAGUUGGCCGAUGAAUUGCAAACGAAAUUUGAUGGACAAUUAUGGAAGGAGGUCAAACAAGAAGUUGACUACUUGUUGAAACCACAAGUCUUGGCCGAUGCUGAACGUCACGUGAGAGGUGCCAACUUAUCGCGCAUUGUGCUCAUUGAUAAUUUACAACAGGCCAUUGAAGUUGAAAAUCCACCAGCCGAAGAAAUUGCACUAUUGCAAAAUAGAAAGGGACACCGUUUGACAUGGCAAGCCUAUCAUCGUUUGGAGGAUAUCCACGGCUUCUUUGAUUACAUGGCUCAGACAUACCCGGAAAUUUGUUCCGUUGAAAUUAUUGGUUAUUCCAUUGAAAAGAGGCCCUUGAAGAUUUUGAAGAUCUCCAAUGGCAAUGCCAACAACCCUGGUAUUUGGAUCGAUGGUGGUAUGCAUGCCCGUGAAUGGAUUAGUCCUGCUGUUGUUACCUAUAUUGCCAAUCAAUUGCUUGAAGGAUGGGAUGAUUUACCCGCCUAUAUGCGUAAUAUCAAUUGGUACAUUCAUGCUGUUGCCAAUCCUGAUGGUUAUGAAUAUUCCCAUACCACCGAUCGUCUAUGGCGUAAAAAUAUGAGAUCUCAUGGACGUGCUUGCCCUGGUGUUGAUUUGAACCGUAACUUUGGUUAUAAAUGGGGUGGUAAGGGAACCUCCGCUAAUCCUUGUUCACAAACCUACAGAGGCUCUAAGGCAUUCUCGGAACCAGAAACAUUCUACAUUUCCAAAUACAUUAGCAAUUUCCCACGCGAUACCUUCAAGGCCUAUUUGACAUUCCACAGUUAUGGUCAGUACAUUUUGUAUCCAUGGGGUUAUGAUUAUCAUAUUACCAAAGAUAUGGCUGAUUUGGAUUUGGUGGGACGUCAAGCAGGAACGACCAUUACCCGCCGCAGUGGUGUUAAAUACACAGUUGGCUCCUCGGCUCACACUUUGUACCCAGCUGCUGGUGGUUCGGAUGAUUGGGCUAAGGGCUUUGCCGGUAUCAAAUAUGCCUAUACAAUUGAAAUGGGUGACACUGGUCGUUUCGGUUUUGUGCUGCCCGCCUCCUACAUCGAACCCAAUGGCAAUGAUGGCUAUACAUUUGUGGAGACUGUUGCUCGUGCCAUUACCAUGGGUAAAAAUGCCCGUAGACGUAAACUGAAGAUUUGUAUUCCGCCCUUUGAUAUUAUUAUUAUGACAACAACAUUGAAAUGUGUUUUAAUUGUGAUGACCAUCUUUUUGCCGGUGACAUGGCCAUACCGUUACUUGGCGCGCCAAACAUCCCCGGAUGCCAGUGAUGUAAUAUUUUUGGUACGCCAUCCCUCCUACGACGCGAAUUCUUUAUUCUUUAAUAGCGAGGAUUUAUACGAUAAUACCGUGGAAAGUCUGCAGUGGUUGGUCGGACCAACCGAUAUUCGUCGUUAUAACAUCUUUUCACCCUCCUCAACGUAUCAAAUUAAUUUGCGCUAUCGCAACGAUCCAUCGGUUAUCCGGUAUUACGGUUAUCAAUUGUGGAAAAUACACGAAACGAAUAUGAAACAUCCGGAAUUGAAUAAGUUUUGGCAAUUAUUUGGAAACGAAGUAUGGAAUAUCAAUCAGGAUGGCGUUGAUAUAUUGAUUGAUUACAAGAAUACUGCCAAGGCGAAGGAGUAUAUGACAUCGAGUGCCUUUACCUACAACAUAAUGAUUGAUGAUUUGGAAACAGCCAUUGAUGAAACAUACACCGAGGUGAAUAAUACUAAUCCGGAAAUGCCAUGGCUAGAAUUGGAAGGUAGCACAAUGUCAUGGAAUCGUUAUCACGAUAUGAUGGAGAUAAAACAAUUUAUGCAAUAUAUUUUGGAAACAUAUCCCGAGCAGGCGGAAAUUGUGCAAAUCGGUGUGACGAAUAAUAAACGACCACUGGAAGUGUUGAGAUUCUCAAAUAAUAAUCCUGAAAAUUGGGCGAUAUUCAUUGAUGCCGGUCUACAGGGUCGUGAUUGGCUGAGUCCAGCUGCUGUCACAUUGGCCAUAUCAAAAUUGGCCCAUCAAUGGAAAGUAGGGCCAUCGUAUAUGAGACACAUUGAUUGGUAUUUCCUGCCAGUGGCCAAUCCUGAUGGUUAUCAACAUUCAAGGAUAACAGAUCGUUUGUGGACUAAAAAUCGUCAUUUUGAUAGUAAAUCCGGAUGUUUUGGUGUGAAUUUAGAUCGUAAUUUUGAAUAUAAAUGGGGUGGUGCUGGUUCAUCAGAUAAUCCCUGCAAGAAUCUCUAUAAAGGUCCAAAGAAAUUCUCGGAGCCGGAGACACGCGCCAUACGCAAUUUUAUGUUUAAUAUGAAAGAUUUCCUGGGAGCGUAUAUAUCGUUCAGUGGUUAUGGCCAGGACAUUGCCUAUCCAUGGGGUGAUGCUGAUUUUGUUACGGAUAAUCAAAAGCAAUUGCAUCAUGUGGGCCGGAGAGCAAUGAUGAAUUUCCGCAAAUUAAAUGAAGCGGAAUAUCGUGUGGGUUCCAGCUACCGUCUGAAGUUGGCCAGGGCUGGCAAUUCAGCCGAUUGGGUCCAACAUCGCAUUAAUCCCCACUUUGUCUAUAAUGUAUUUUUAAAGGAUCAGGGCCGUUAUGGUUUCUUAAUGCCACCCAGUUACAUUGUGGAAUCCGGCGAAGAGGUCUAUGAAUUUAUGCGCACCGUUGCCUUGGCCUUAUAUAGAUUAAAUUAA